GGAGAUCAUCUGCCCCUGGGAGAGCCUCACGGCUCAUAAUGGGACUGGCUAAAAACAAAACAGGCUCCGCGCCUUAAUGGCGUCUGAAGUGGUCAGCUGCAGGUGACGGGCGGACAGAAGGACGCUGGUGGUUUCUGACACCCGGUGGGAGCGAAAGCCUUUCCACCGCGCUGCCUAGUUUCUUUCUUGCGCGUCAGCGGUCACACAACAAACCGCCGCGGCCUCGACCUCCACCACAACAGUCGCGGAGACUCAUCAUGGCUAUUACCGACGUUCUCGCCGUCUCGGACAUCACCUCUGCUAUCAACGCCUGUAAAGCAAAAGAUUCCUUCAACCCAAAGAUGUUUUUCAAAGUCGUGGGUUUAUCAAAGAAGACUCCAACUGAGAUCGAGAAGGUCUUUAACAUCUUGGACCAGGACAAAAGUGGCUUCAUCGAGCAGGAUGAGCUACAACUUUUCCUGCAGAACUUCUCCAAAGGUGCGAGGACCUUGACUGCCGCUGAGACCAGAGCCUUCCUGCUCGAGGGGGACUCUGACGGCGAUGGCAAGAUUGGAUGGGAAGAGUUUUCUGCACUGGUCAAGUCUUCAUAAGAGCAGUGUUCUCGCUCUGGUUUUAUUGCAUGGUAAUGAUCUCAGGGUGGAACUCUUGUCUAAUUUUAACGAAAGACAGCAAAGAAGAAGAGAUUUUGG